AGGCCCUGGGGGCCGGGGAGCCCCCGGGCGAGCCCUCCGGUAGAUGGCACGCUCGGGCCCAGCGGAGCGGCCGCUCGGUGCGGUGAUGGGGAGAAAUCCGACACUGCCAGACACUCCCUUAGAAUAGCCAGGGGCCGAGCAGGGAACCAGGAAAUACAAGCUCUCCCUGUCCAGAAAACACUGCCGCUUCAUGGAGGAGGGAGCGACAUGGGCAAUCUGUGCAGCUGCGGGCGAGCGUGGAAGUGCCCUUCACCUUUUAAAAGAAAGAAGGAAAAGCAAGGAACUAGAGUGAGACAUGAGAGCCAACAGCACCAGCAUGGCAAGAAGGCUCCAAUGUAUGAAGAUGUCCCGGAGUUUCCUGUCUAUGCCACCGUGAAUAAGCCCAAGAGUGUGAAGCAGGAUGACAGCAUUCAUUAUGCGGACAUCCAGGUGUUCUCCAAGGCCCGGGAGCGCUCCGCAGAGGAGGUGAAGAACUUGCAAAUGCAGAAUGCCACAGAGUAUGCCACCCUCAACUUCCCCAGGCCCAGGCUGAAAUACGACAGCAAGAAUGGGACCUUGGUUUAAGAGGCUUGAUGGCCCCCUCCUCCUUCAGCAGCAAAAGAACUUCACAGAUUUAGAGAUGCUGUAGACCCAAGCCGGGCUCAUGGACAGAUAAGUCUCCCUGAGAAGGUGCAGAGAGGCUGUGUCUUCCGCCUGCAUUUGGCUUUGGAGGACACAGACAUAUUUAUCCUCACAUGAGGAAUACUUCCAUCUGGUUCUGAUGGCAAAAGACACCUCUCCUCUUCAGAAAACCCGGCUCACUUCUGAAGUUCACAACCCAUCUGCUCUGGGCUCUGUGAGAGGGCAGAACUGCUCUGUGGUUGAUGAAGGCUGAAGCUGCUGCCCAGAGCUGCAGGGAGAAGGUUUCUGUUGCAGCUGAGGUAUUCCUGAGUGCUGCUCUGCAGGCAGACGUGGGAACACAGCAAACAGGAUUAGAUCCUGCGAUAAGAGAUUUUAUGUCAAUGCUAAGAAAAUUCUGCAACAUGCUAUAGAAAAUGACAUGUGGAUGACACUGCGAGGAAAUGGCAUGAAACCUCUAACGGUGUUUGCCACAAUGUCUUCCUCCAACACCAGCCACUGUGUACUGCAGGUCUCAAGCACUAGCUGCACUCUCUUUGCUGAAAAAAUAGUGUUUUGUGACCAUGCACAGCACUCUAGGACCAAGACCAGAAAUGCAGACCUGGCUGAGGGGUACAGAACAAUUGCUUUUGCUGAAGGGCUGCACAUCCUGCAUCUUUCCCCUAGCAUGUGUGGUGGUGAGGAGCGGGCUCUUGGCUCUGUUUUGAAAUGAAACAAGGAAAAAAAUCACAAUUUACCUUUGAGGCAGACAUUUAAAAGCCAUUGCCAACAUUUAGAGGUAGUUAUCCAGUCCUUAGAGUACAAUAACUGUUUGCAUGUCUGUGGCACUGGCAGUGAAUCCUGGCCAACUCUAGUGAGGGCUUUGGAGUUUUUCUCCAACAUUUUCUUCUUAUUUUGUAUUAGCAGCCCUAGUUAUAAAGCCCUGGAACAUAAGCUCAUGCCAUGUGUUUUUUCCUGCUAACCUCCCAGAUAUACAUUUGGGAAUCUCUUUAUGGUUUUAAAAUAGUGUUAGUAAUGCAGCAGAGCGACCUUCCGAAAGGCUUCUGCCGCUGGACAGAAUUUGCUACGCUGGCGGCUGAACAGGGCUCCCCAGCAGUAUCUUCAGACACAAAUUAUCAAUACUUGGCACAUUCUCCUCCUAACUGAUGGUCUGAAUAGCUAAAUGCAUAAUGUGGAAUGACCUGUUUAUUACCAGUGUUUAAAAAUGGGAAUCCUGAUAUAUUUUAUAAACAUACAUUAUUCGUCAUAUUAUGAGUGAGCUGAAUGUAAACACCGUGAAGCAAUUCCUGCUCGUUACGAGCAGCGAAGCUGGCCCAGGCACUGUUUGCGGGCAUGGAAGUGUUCAGAGGACCAAGCCCAGCAUUUUUCUACCUAAACUUCUCUUUUCACUCAUGCUAUCCGGCAGACCUCAGUGGGGCUAUCGUAAGGCCGCAGUUAAGGUUUGCAGGCUAAAGCCCGUUACCUAUAAGAGACACAGUAUUAUGUUCUUGGAAGGGCUGGUUCUCCCGAGUGCCAAGGAUUUCUCUUCCCGCUCCUCCAAAUUCCUGCCCAUGCUCCGUGCCCAGUGUGACGCCCUGCGCCUCGGACCAAGCAGGACUGGACGGGCACAGGCUUUAGCUGCAGGUGUUUUUGGGGGGAGGCAGGUGAGAGCUCCGUCCUGCAGCCGGCGGCGGAGCCGGGCGCCCAGCCCCACGUCUGGCUCGUGCCCGGCCGGCCGUCAGGCACCUUCUCCCGCUGACUCGCCUGUGAGGUCCGGUCCCCAGCGUGGAAAGAAAAACAGAUUUAUAACACGUUAUUAAACAUGGAUUAUAAUGCUU